AUGGAUACACAAGAGGUCUCUGUGACGUUCAAGUCUUUGAACAACUGUCUGGUGAAUCUUCCGGCGCCUCUGGUGAACCCGUUUCUCGCCAACAAUAUUCUUAUCCAGCAAGUAGCCGUCGAGCUCAAGUUUCGAAUGGCGGGGGUUAAAGCCGACUCCAAUUGUCUUGUUGGGUGGAACGGGUACUUUUCACAGGACUCGUCCUGUAUCGAGAUCGACCCUGUUUUUGCGAAAACCAUUGGACUCCGAGAAAACAGAAAGAUCACCAUCAAGCUGUCGCUGUCGUUGCCAAAGAUUCAUUCUGUAGAGCUCGAGCCAGAAACUUCCGCCGACUGGGAACUCACCGAGCUUUACGCGCAAACCAUCGAAGACCGGUUUUUGAACCAAAUCAGGUGUGCCACUCUGGGCCAGAAACUCGCCGUGUACCCUACAUCCAGUUCCACCAACGUGAUCAAAUUCAUUGUCAAGUCGAUCAAGUCUGAAACAAAAGAACUCGACAAGGGAAUUCUGGCCACCGAUUCAGAACUUCAUAUCCAGCCAAAGGUCCACAGAAGGGAAACCCAGAGAAAUAGCCAUGGUAGUCAAACAAGCUCGAAAAGAAGAAGAUCUGUCUCUGGACGCAGGUCGUCGCAGUUCGACUCUGUUCCGUCGUGCAUUCUGCGCUCCAUUGCUCUUCCGCAUUCACUGUUUGCGCACGUCGAUGUCUCCAAGGCUAACUACGAGGUUUUCGCAGACCUGAGCCAAGACUUUAUUAACUCUCAGUUCAAUUCGAUCGAGUACGUCCAGGUUUCCGUGGUGGCCGGACCGGGAACGCCUUCGAAAAUCAGUGGGAUCUCGCACUCGACAAAACCUCAUGACACUGUGUCUCCGGGAAACUCAAGAAACAACUCCAACACGCUGGUCGAACACGGAUCCAAUGGAACGGCCACCCAGCCGGAAAUCGACCUGAAAAAGGUGAUUGCAAGACUGGUCCACGAUCCGCACAGUCCUCCACGUACCGUGGGUGUCUCGCCAUUGCUGGCCAUUGCAUUGGGCAACGAGGGCCGCUGCGGCGACCUUAUAUGUCUGGAAGCACCUCCACAAAAAUACUCUACUGACAUUCAUACCUGCAUUUUGCAUAAGAUUAUCUCCAGCACUCUCUCAGUCAACGAAUUAGCAUUGAAACACGACGAAGACCGCAAACUGAAAGAGGUGGCUGCUCGCAAAGAGCUGAGUGCCAAGUUCCAGGAACAGCUGGCCGUCCUCAAACACUCUCCAUUGACCAACGGGAUGAAGCUACCAAUUCUACCAGAACUGCUGCCUCAGGGUGCAAUUUUGGAAAUGAAAGGCAUCUCUGGCUGGGCUCUCCUGGGAGACACGCUUCCUGAGUUUGUUCUAGGUGGAGACGUCUUGAAGCCCGAAUCGUUUGUCCAGACGCCAGCCAAACACCACCUACAAAAAGUGGUAGGCCAGGAGAAACUGAUUGCGCGUGUGAUCCGGUCUAUGAAGCGUGGAAGUAGCUCGAUUGUUUUCGGAUCUUCGGGCUGUGGCAAGACAGUUGUGGUUGACGAGGUUAUCCAUCGACUGGCUACCAAAGACGGGUUCUACACGAAACUUAUCAACUGCGAAACGAUCUCCAACGAGACGUUCAUCAGUGUAAAGAACUCGCUGGAAGACGCCGUGAGGGAGAUCAACUGGCACGCUCCUGCUGUGCUAGUGCUUGAGAACUUAGACGCUCUGAUUCCCCGCGAGGCAGAGCACGGCGACUCGGGCACCAGCCAGCAGAUCUGCGAGUUUUUGGUGAACUGCCUAAAACACCUUCUCAAACACAGACAAGUUUCUUUGCUCAGUACAUCUAAAUCCAAGGAAAACAUCAACUCAAUAGCAUUUCAAACGCAUCUCAUCGAAGACGAGUUCAGUAUCAGGGCUCCAGAUAAAGAGCUACGCAAACAGCUAAUUUCCAGUUUUAUUGGCAACUACAAUUUAACAGUCGACCGUGACGAGGUGCUCAACGAUAUCACUGUCGACACCGAAGGGUACCUUCCUUCUGAUCUGAAGGUGCUUGCGGAUCGCACGUUCCACGACUAUAUUUCCUCGGUUGAAGAUAUUCCUGCUACAUUAACCAAGGGAAACUUCGAGCGGGCGUUGCAAGGGUUCACUCCGUCCUCGUUGCGUGGCGUGAAGCUGCAAAAGUCUAGCGUUUCGUGGUCGGAUAUUGGUGGCUUAAAAGACGCAAAACAGGUGCUGUUGGAAACCCUGGAAUGGCCAACAAAGUAUGCUCCAAUUUUCGCCAACUGUCCUUUGCGUCUGCGUUCGGGAAUCUUGCUCUACGGGUACCCCGGUUGCGGCAAGACGCUGCUGGCAUCGGCUGUUGCUGCACAGUGUGGCUUGAACUUCAUCUCGAUCAAAGGUCCAGAGAUUCUCAACAAGUAUAUCGGAGCUUCCGAACAGAGUAUUCGCGAGCUGUUUGAAAGAGCACAGAGUGCAAAACCGUGUAUUCUGUUUUUUGAUGAGUUCGACUCUAUUGCUCCAAAAAGAGGCCACGACUCGACUGGUGUCACCGACAGAGUGGUCAACCAGCUGUUAACGCAGAUGGACGGUGCCGAAGGACUGGACGGGGUGUAUGUUCUGGCAGCCACCUCGCGACCAGACCUGAUCGAUUCUGCUCUACUGCGUCCGGGAAGACUGGACAAGUCGAUUUUGUGCGAUCUGCCCGACUUUGAAAACAGACUGGAUAUUUUGCAAACGGUGGCCACCAAGUUCCAAAUAGCUCCAGAGUGUCAGUUGGAGACGUUUGCACGUCAGCUGGAAGGGUAUUCUGGUGCCGAUUUGCAGGCGUUUGUGUACAACUCGUAUUUGAGAGCUGUGCACGACAACCUGGACCAGAUCACCAAAUCUGCCACCAAGGAGUCCUCCGGCCAGGACACCAAGGUGCAGUUCUUCAGCAUGAUGAAAGGCGUUUCUGUUGGAGCCGACCUGACCAAGAAGAUCGACUCGAUCUACAAGAACUUUCAACAGCUUGACCUGGACCCAAAGGAAACAAAACAACAGGACCCUGACCACCGAAAUAAUCCAGUGGUGAUUACGUCAAAACAUUUCCAAAUUGGGCUCGAGGAAACCAAAAAAAGUAUCUCCAACAAGGAGUUACGCAACUUUGAAAAGAUCUACUCGCAAUUUGUGGACGGUAAGCGCGAGGGCAAUCUUCCCAACGGCGAGCCUAGCAACGACAUUGGCGGACGAACCACGCUGAUGUAA